UUCUCGGUUUACGACAGAGUGUGGGAACGGUGGGUAAGAUGGCGGCGCUGAAGGAGGAGCAGUGCUACGGACUGUCCUGUGGAAGAGUGAGCAACGGCAGUAAUGUCACCGUCUUUCAUGUGAAACUCACUGACAGCGCGCUGAAGGCGCUUGAAGGCUUUCAGAGCAGCAAGGUCCUGUCACAACAGCCAUUGAUUAGAUUUAAUGGAAACCAAGGGAAGAUCUCAAUACCACGGUCAGAAACUUCCAGCGAGCUGCAAAUGUUUUCUUUCGACCUGUCGAAUGUGGGCAGAGAUAACCCUCAGGGCAGCUUCGACUGCAUCCAGCAGUACAUCACCAGCGAAGGGAGUAUUCAGCUGGAUUGCCUGGGUGGGAUCCAGGACAAAAUUACAGUACGAGCCACCGACGACUCCUACCAGAAAGCCAGAGAAAGUAUGGCCCAGGUUGAGGAGGAGACUCGAAGUAGGAGUGCUAUUGUCAUUAAGCCUGGGGGAAGAUAUGUAGGGAAGAAAGUCCAGAUCCGGAGACCGGCACCUGCGCUUACAGAUGUGGCCCCCUCACGGAGGACGUCUCGGCCCGUCCUCAUCUCCAGCAGUACACUGAAAAAAAGCACGACUCAGCACCGGCCUCUCCGUGAGCGCCUCAUACACCUGCUGGCCCUGAAACCUUAUAAAAAACCUGAGAUGAUUUUGAGGUUGCAGAAGGAUGGCCUUUCACAGCUAGACAAAGAGUCUCUGGACAGCCACCUGCAACAGGUUGCCAAUCUGAAUGGGAAAGAAAAUACCUUCACAUUGAAGGAUUUUAUGUAUAAGGAAGUCCAGAAGGAUUGGCCAGGGUACACAGAGGGAGACCAGCAGCUUCUCAAGAGAAUUUUGUCCAGAAAACAGGCCCAGACCAGUUCUGCACCUGUACUAGAGAGUCCUCCCAAAGAGUUGGGAUCCAGUUCUCCAUCUCAGAAACGGCCUGCUGCAGACUUCAUCGACCCUCUUGUCAACAAAAAGCCCAGAAUAUCGCAUCUUGCCAGCAAGGCUGUACCAGUCCAAGUAAAUGGCAAGCUUAGCUCUUCCCGUGGCAGAGGAGAUUCUGGCGGAUCGCUGUCCGGAGCGGCGGUAUCGACGUCCGAAGGCAUCAUAACAUCCGGCUCACAGCCGCUCCCGGUGCUGGACAUCCCUCGUCCUUUCGAGGCGUUAUCGGACGUCAGCAAUGAUUCCAGCAACAACGGGCGCGACUGUGACUCUCAGGAAACGAAACUGUCCGAGAGGCUCAGUCAGCCGUCGUCGCUUUCGUCUGUGUCGACGGUGGCCUACACGCCUAGUGUCGGCACAUCUUCCUCUGGGCACACGGUGCUGGUGGGGCCGCAGGACAAAACCCCUUCACCAGUUAACAACAAAUCCAAAAAGAAGUCAAAAAAGCAUAAAGACAAAGAGAAAAGUAAGGACAAGGGGAAAGGGAAAGGAAGGGAGAAGGGGAAAAGGAUCGGUCAGGAGCCUGUGUCUGAGUCCAAAGCAGCCUGUGAAACGAGCCUGACAAACUGCAACAACAACAGUAUUGCAUUUCAAAGCACAGAUCUGAAUGGGAUGUGCAAAACUACCAGUAUUCCUUCAUCAUCUCCUGAGGUGGCAGAUUAUUUAUUGAAGUACACAGUGAUCACCUCCCAGGAGCAGCGCCAAAGGUAUAAAAACGACUUCAACGCCGAGUACAGUGAGUACCGGGGUCUGCAUGCUCGAAUAGAGGGCAUCACCCGGCAGUUCACCGUGCUUGACAACGAGCUGAAACAGCUUCAACAAGGCACAGACAAGUACAAGUCAAUCCACAAUCAGAUACUUCAAGAGUAUCAUAAAAUAAAAAAGACUAAUCCAAAUUAUAGCCAAGAGAAGAACCGUUGUGAAUAUCUACACAACAAACUGGCUCAUAUAAAGAAGCUUAUCGCGGACUACGAUCAUCAGCAACUUUAAAUGUAGUUAGAGAGCGUGUCCCUGUUACCAGGCAGAUAAAAGGAAAUCUCUGGAUUCCUCUUCCACUAAAACAAACGUCAUGAGAGGACAAAUCCCGUUUGUUGGGGCUAGGCAGGACACAUGAUCUGUUUUCCUUUACCUUUCCCAUUUUUUGUUUUUUUUCUUUCUUUAAGGUUGUGGCCCAGGUCUGUGAGCGUAGGUAGAAGUGGAUCCAGAAAGAUUGUUUCUCAGCAACCUUCCCUGCCUUUUAGUGCACAAAGAAUGCCUGAGAGUUCAUCCUGAAAUAUUCCUACUUUCUCUGAAGAUUUUCCAAAUGAUCUUCCCUGCUUUUGAAACCAGAUGAAAUUAAACUUGGAGAUGCAAACUUCAGAUUGUUCACUGAAUGCAUCUAAUUUGUUUUUGAAUAUUUAAAAAGGAAAAUAGUGACUUGCUCAUCAGUUUUCUCCAUAUAAUUGUAUGCUCACAAAGCUGAAUCUUUUUAUUUAUUAUUUUUUGUCAUUUACCUUUACGUGGGGUUGAAAUUAUCUUACACUCCAUUAGGAAACAAAACACACAAAAAACAAAUCAGUCCUUAAAUGUCUCUUUAUUUUGUGUGUUCACAUCAUGAAUGUCUGCCAGUAUUUUAUUACUCAGAAGCUGCCUUUCCCUUCUAAUUGUCAGUGUUGGCAAUAGUAUUCUUUCUCUAUGUAGAGAUGCAGAAAUUAGUAUUUGAAUCAAAAAGAAAUGCACAGUCUGACACUGGUUUUUGUGUUUGGCUAUUCUCAAACCUUGGAGAUGUCUUAACGGAGGGAGCCGAAGUUCUCAGUCGCUCUCUUUUCCCUGUCGUGUUGAUCUGUGGUGCUCCUUACAGCAGUGGUUCCUACGAGUCCAUGUGCUGACUCCUAAUUGGUACUCCUUUUCAGGAUUUUGUAGCAACAUGAGAUUCAAAGUUAUUUGGGAAAAAAAGUUGUUUUUCAGAUCAGAUCUUUUAUGUUUUAAAUUUUACAUGAUCAUCCUUUGUGUUAUGUUUACUGUAUCUAAAAUGACAAAAAAAAAAAAGACUUCUGUUUUCGGUCUGCUGUUUGACCCUCUUUCUAGCCCGAAUGAGAUGACUGUUAAGACAAAGCCAUUGUUGUUCAUCUCCCGAUCCUUCACGUAGAAGGAGCUGAGUGUUUUGCCUUUUCAAAUGUGAUGUCAACAAUGAAUGGUCCCUGAAAAAUGUCUCGCCUGAACCCGCUGCCUCCUCUGAGAAGCUUAUAAGCAGCAGGAGCGAGUCAUGCAUUUCUUAUAUUGAUCUUUUUAUGUGAAUAUUACAAAUCAGCACUCUCUCUCCUGAUCAUGCUGUUACUGGGUUAGGUGGGUUGGGGAGGGGGUUGUCCAAAAUACACUUUUUCUGUGUAUCAGAAUGCAUGCUAAAUGAAUGUUACAACAAGCAGUCCUUUAUCUCGACCUGGUUGUGGGGGAAAAAUCUGCCCACGAACAUGAAAAUCUGAGCAAGAGGAACCUCUGGCGUCUGUGGAAUCGGUUAGUCGAGGCUCAGACCAGCAUGUACGCCAAAGUGCUGAUGAAGCGAGAUGGCAGAAAACACUUCACCAAACGUUGACAAAGAAGGAUGUUGCAGUGUUCUUUACUUCCCGUUAUCAUUCCUUCAUUUUGUAUAGUUCAUCGCUCUGCACAAGAGGAAGUCAGAAAAUACUCACUUUAAUUCUGUUUUCUGGUAACACUACAUUAAGUUUAAUAGUCAAGCAUGUAUCAAAACGGUGUUGAAUCAUGUGCUGCUGGAUCUGGAACUUGGAUUUGAUGACAUCUGGAUCAGAGAUGUCUGCAGCCAACAUUUCACCUUACCUCCAGAACCACAGCUGUUUUAACAAGGAAUGCCUUUGUCCUCAUCAUCGCUGUGUUUAGUUUUGUAGCGCAUCUCUGUUACGGCUUCAAACCCAUUGUGAAGGAGUUGAUCGGCGUAAGAUGUUUUGAGCCAGUGGAGACAUACCAGCACAGUGCCACUGUAUGAGCUGAUUGUGCCAAAAUGACCUGUUGUAUAGUACUCUUUUUGAUUAUGUACACGCUGCUGUGAAAGCAAGGAGGGCUUUGAAGAUUAGUCAUGAAAUGUCGGCGCUAAAAUCCAAAGUAUGCUUCUUUUCUUUUCUUUUUUUUUCCUUUUGGAAACCAUAAGGGACUGGGACUUAAAGUGACUUGUUUCAAUAAAACUCUCUAAAACCCCUGUGUGGGAAAAUCAGAA